AUGGCUACCAACUCUAGUGCAGCUUCUCACAAUAUCACGAGCCAUAAGCACCAGAGGUCGCUUCCAACCUCUCCCUGUAUCCCGUGGUUUGCUGUGCUCAGCGUUGAAUUUCUGGCCACAGUUAUCCUCAACUUCAUCACCAUUACUGUAUUUGUGAAGCAGCGCCAGCUACAGAGGAAAAGUACAUACUUGAUCAUCCAUUUGGCCAUAGUUGAUUUGUUGGCCGGAGCCGUAUCAGGACCGAUGCUGAUACAUUCACUCGUUUGUUCGUGUUACGGGAAGAGUUGGGAUAUAACGUUUUCAAGAAUAAGUUUAGCAAUACGUACUUUUUUCCCCUUCACAUCUCUUGUUAAUCUCGCUUUCAUCUCGUUUGAACGAGUACACGCCACAUAUCGCCCAUUUAAGCACCGUUUAAUCAAGAAAUGGGUUUAUGGACUAGUCAUAGCUUUUAUAUAUUUAUCAGCAAUAUGCAAAAGUACAAUAGAAGCAUUAAUCAAUUGGCCGUUUAGCUUUAUUUGGGUUUCUAGUUCUUAUUUCGUUCUUCUGGUUCUCAUGUGCAUAUGUUACAUUUCAAUUUAUAUCAAAGUUCGUUGUAGUCGUCAACAUCAACUUAAUGGUGCAGCCGGUCUGAGGGAGAGAAAACUGACGAGAACAUUGUUCCUUGUCACCAUAGCAUCAUUAUUAACUUUUCUACCAAUUGUUAUUGUGAACAUUAUGAUUUUCCUUCAUAUCUUGUCUUUUUCAAACUGGUCCACUUAUCUGCAAAUUGGUUGCACUAUAAUAACAUUAUUCUUUGCCAACUCGCUAAUAAAUCCUAUUCUCUAUGCAGUGCGGAUGCCAGAAUUUAGGGCAGGUAUAUCAAAGAUGGUAUUUUGCAGGACACCUCAAGACCAUCGAAAUCCGGUCGAAUAUCCACUUCGCGAUCUUUAGUUCAGGCCGACACUCAAUUUUUUUGCAAUAGUUUUGAUCAGAAAAUGUAAAUACAAUAUUUAAAAUGGUUUAGCGAUUCAAAGAAUCUGUACAGCUGUAAUUUUCAUUAUCCAUAUUAAAAUAUUCGAUGUCGUUGCACAUGUUUUGUGUUUAGCCUGACUUGUAAUGGUAAACCACAAGUUAAAAUAUAUUUCAGAACGAAGAGACAAACAACGAGCGGGACCACAAGGAUCGGGCGCUUAUUAUUAAAGUAAAUGAUGAACAACAAGAUGGUGGAAAAAGCCGUAUCCAGCCCUAUAAACAACAGAAAGCAACAUUACGUCAUCUGGAGACCCCAGUUAAAACGGAGACUAUAUGAUGAGUGAACUUAACUCAAAGUGGCAAUUUUUCUUGACACAAUUAAUCUAAAACACACCCGUAUUUGGAAAACUCCAUAAUAACGCAGACUUAAUCAUCACAACUGAGGCUUCUGUUUAACCGAAACUCUAAGAGGUUUAACAACAGACUUUCUGUCGUUAUUUACGAAAGCUGUACAGUUCUAAAAUCAUUUCCAGAUCACGCUAACUUAGCAAAUUUUCAGUAUACGGCUUAAGAGAGCUAAAUUCACCGCGGCGUUGAUAAAAGAUGGUGAGCCACAAAGAGACCAACCUAUUUGCGUUGAAAUUUUCCUUAGUUGAUGCGCCAUCACAGGCGCGCUUGAAAGGAAUGAGGGGAGAAAAAUAUAUAUUUCAUAAAAUAGCCACGGCAAUAAUAAGUUUAAGGAUGUAACAGCAAACCGUUAAUCUUUGUUAACGACAACCUGCAUCAAACAGAAAUCCUGUAUUUAUGUCAAUGUCCUUUAACUUGACGGGUUUUAUCCAACAAGUUGAGAAGAAAGUACCGAAACUCUUUACAUGAGUUGUGAUAUUCUUUUAAAAUUCGCUUUUCCGAUCAUGGAAAGCAAGGAGCGAUCAUCUGUGGGAUUAACUUGGCUAUUUACAUAUCCAAAAAAAUGAAUGAAAUUCAAAACAUAGAAGGAAGCGCGAGGUAAUUGGAAAGUAAGCAUUGCAAAAGUUUCUUUUAUCUGCCUCUGUUUUCUGUUGAUAUUUCCAUGGCUUGUGAUUUCAUUAAAGGUAGAAUCACAAAAUUUAAAGCGUAACUGUAGGAUUGACCUUUAAACUAACUCAUUCCCCCUGGGCAAAAGGACGAUUUGAAGCUAUUUUAAGAUAUUUUCUUGAAGGAAACUGGGCUACAAUAUGUUCUGUAGCUGUAAGGUAAGAAGUCGUUUGAUGUAUUGAUAUAAUUCAUUACUGUCCUCUUUCUGGCCAUCUCUUCUAUUGAUUCAUUUAACUCAGCCAUCACGCAUUUCGUAGGAAAACUGAAUUGAAGGAUCUCGAUAUGUGAUUUUGCAAGAGUUUUCCGGAGAAAUCGCCGUUAAACGGUUGUUAUAUAACAACAGGAUAAACAGAAAAGGUGGAAAAGAAGGUUGUACAUAAGGUACCGCCCUUUUUCAUAAAUCAUCGUCGAGCGUCGUGCUCCUCAAACAGAAGAUUUUAAUUAAAAAUUCAGUGCAGAGGGUCAAAAGUCGACGCUGUUUACAAGUACAAUCACUAUGGGAGAAUUGAACAUAAAAACUAAACAUAGUUAACUCAAUAAAGCUAACAGUCACAGUAACUUAACAGCUGCUUAACGCCGUGUUUAUGAUGGAAAAUUGAAGAAACGAGUGAAUUCAGCGGUGCAUGUGGCAACUUAAAAUAAGGCUGAAAAUUUGGUACUCUUUCAUCUUUUUAGACAAUACAUUUAUCUCUUGUACUUCCCUGUCGUUAGACGCAAUUUUUCGUUAUCAAUUUCAUAGCGAGUCACCGAACACGAGAUAUUAAGUUAGAAUUGGUAGUUUUUUUUCUUCUUAAAACUUGUUCUUCUUUCAACAUAAACCGACAUUGAAAUGUUUUGUUGAUGAAAAAUAUAAUAAUUUAAAUGGCGAGGUGUUGUGUUUCAAAGAAAUUGGUCCAGCUGAAUUUAUUUUUAAAUCUAUGAAUGGCUAAUAACAUAGCGUUCACCUGUUUUGACAAAGACUAAAAACUCAUCAACUUAAAAUCCAUUUCUGUUUCAUCAUUCAGUAAUUCUGGAUAACAUCUCCCUCAUGGUUGCCCAUUGGAGCAUCCGCCCUAUCUUCGAAUUGUGUGUUCUGUUUCUUUUAUUUGGUUUUUUCUUCUUUUGUUAAGAUCUUGAGAAAAAUUCCAUACUUACUAGUAGGCAAAGGCGAGUCAUUUACGUGCACCUUUAUACAACUACAAGAACAUAAAAGAAAUCUGAUUUCCUGUAAAAAACAUAGAUAGCUUCAUUUAGCGUCUACUCCGUUAGCAGCUCUUUAGUUGUGGCAGUUGUUCAGCAUUACUUGUCAGUUAAGGACGAGCAAAUGUUCGCCGGUUGCUUUUAAUUUAUGCAUCUUAGUUCUAAAUAAAAAACAUUAUAUAUUAAAAAUGGCUAAGCGACUCACCGAAUGUUAGCAGCCUUUUCUUGUUGCAUAUGUUUCGUGUUGAGUCUGGCUUGUAACGAUAAACCCCAAGUUACUUAUAACAUUUCAGAACAAAGAAACACACAACUAGCGGUACUAUAUACGGGUCGGGCGCAGUUUCAUUAAUACAAACGAUGAGCAACAAAUGGAUCGAAAGAGAAAAUUCAUAUAUUCAUAUAUUUAAAUUACAGACUGAGCUGAAUAUGCACAAACUUGUUAAUUUUUUUGUUUUGCGUGAUAAUCAAUUUACUUCUGUGGGGCUCCAGUCAACCAUAGUCCUUUACACGCAAGAACACAGCAAUACGCCCUGUUGAGGAAUAAAAAAUCUGAAAAAAAACUGAAAAAAAUACCCGUGAAAAUUAUCACAGCGCAGAAAUAAAAGCACAGAGCAGAUCUUCUUCCGUUUUCAGCUCAACCUUAUAAAAAAUUAGCAGAUCCAAUUUUAAAUGGACACCUUAGGUGCGGCAAACUGGGCCAACGUCGCGAUAUGUUUUCUUUAUUUCAAAACAUACCCGUAUUUGGCGAACACCUUUAUUUCGCGGAAGUGAUCACCGUAAUUGCGUCCUUUAGUGACUUAAAAUUUCUUUUUCAGCAGAAACUUUGCGAGGUUUAACUACAGAUGGUCUUUCCUAAUUCACGAAAGCAGUAUUUUUCUUAGAUCGUGUUCAGUUGAAAAAAAUGGGAGCUUCAGGUAUUUCCUUCCGGAAUUAUCAAACUGCUUUCACGUCUACUCUUCCCAUUUUAAACGAACAAUAAGAGACCAGUCAUUUAAUGAUUAUCGCAGCUUUGAAGACUUUUCAUUACCACCUGAUAUAAGAUAAAAUAUCAUUUACCGUCAGUUCUAGACAUUUUCCUAAACUGAAUUUCAGUCAUAUGAGAUAAUAAACACAUCCCGUUGUGUCAAAAAUAAUAUUUGCACGAAACAAAAGGCAAGCAGUUUAUGUAUACCAACAUAAUGGUUCUACAUUAAGAAAUUAGAUUCAUCCUCUGAAGACUGUGUAAUUAUCUUUCUUUUUAAUUUCUUUAAGUUGCUAAGAAUAAAAAAAUUGAUGGAAUUUUAUUUCGACUUCUACCGACCGAGUUUGGGCAAAGAUUAAUAGAAUAAGUUAGAAAAUCAUCCAGUUCUUCUGAGCUGAAGUAUAUGCUUGAUCAUCUCAACACUAACUUUGAACUAUUCAGAUCGUAUCAAAAACGUGUUAACUCGGAAGUGAACAUAAAUAUCCUUAACUUUAGUGCCAAUUACCUAGACUCUCUGGAAAGGAAAGAAUACAUAAAAUGCGUAGGUGUAUUUAUCGAUUCAACAUGAUCUCGGACUCACACAUUUCAUUUAUUUCAUCUAAGAUUAGCAAGUCUUUAAGCAUUUUAUCAAGAUUGAGAAAUUUUGUCCCACAAACUGUAUUGUUUAACUUACAUCGAUCUUUUAUUUAAGCUCACUUGUCCAACGGGGUUGCAGUCUGAGGCCAAGUUGCUUAAUCGAAUUUAAACAAGGUGUUGAUUAUGCAAGAACGUGCUCAUGCUGUACCUUUUGUCAACUUGUCAAACAUUUUUCCUCUUCAUCAGACCUAUUUUAAAACAAUCUGUUCUUUUAUGCAUGAUUUUGUCAACGAUUUAGCACCACCUAACAUUUCAGAAUUAUUUAGUUAUUCUUCAGAAAAACACCACCAUUAUACAAGGUCCUCAGCGGCUGGCAAUCUCUGUCUUAAAUAUUCGAGAACAAAACAUAAGAAAAAUUAUAUCUCAAGACUGGGUGCAAGGAUCUGGAAUAGUAUUCCCAUCUGUCUUCUUUCUCUACCUAAAUAUAAAUUUAAAUGGUAUACAAAGACAGCUGCUGAACAUUUUGAUGCGAGAGUAUACUUAUGUUGACGUCCAUACUUUAGCUGACAAAUUUAGAAAAUUAUACCAUUUUUAGAUUCAUUUGUUUUCUUUUUGUUUUUCCGCGUGUAAUUUUAUUCUGUUUGUAAUACGUAAUACCUAAUUGGCUCCUCUAUAAUUCAUCGUACUGUUUUUUCAACAUUCCUGUAUGUGUAUGCUCUCCUAGUCAUUUCCUCUUUGCAGUUAAACUUGGUAUUGAAGAACGUUUGUUUCCCUCCCGCCUCGAUUAGCUUCGCUAUUUUUCGGGUAGGGAUUGUUAGAUAGGAAUUUAAAUUGCCAAAGUAAAUAAAUAAAUUUUAUUGUCGUUGUUCAUGUUGCUUUCCAAAGCGGUGGAGUCGUCACCAGAAUGAAUUAAGAGAAAUGAAAGGUUGUUAUUCUAGACCAUUUAGUUUAAAGACAAACCGAAAUUAAAAUCAUAGAAGAAAGCGCGAGGUAAAUGGAGUGUAAAAGGAUUGGAACCGUGUUUUUUUUAGUCCUAGUCCAUGCGUGUUUUCAUGGCUUGCGAUUUAAUAAAAAGCUGAAUAAUAGAAUCUAUAGCAUACUGUAAGCUCAACUUUAAAAAGAUAUUCAGUCACUCCUGCCAAAAUGCCGGAAAGCGGUCUAAAAUAAAGUCUACACCUGUAAAGUAAGAGGUCAUGCGAUACAUUUACUAAUUUUUAUUCAUGUCCUCUUCCUGUUUACCUGUGCUAUUGAUUCAUUUAACUAAGCCAUUACGUAGGAAUACUAUAUAAAUUGAGUGAUUUCGACGGGUGUUUUCAGUUGAGGUAGCUAAGCUUGACCGAGGUCUUCUCUUUCUUUUACUAAUUUAGAGGCUUUUAGAGUGCCGCCGUGGUUGAUAACUUUCUGUCCUACCCAGAAACAAAAAGACUUGGAAAUCGUCCAUUGCUCACCUGAGGCAUGUCAUUUAAGUACAACUAAACCACAAGAUUCCGAGAUAUUAUACCUCAUGUAAAUCGUGUUAAGAUAUCACCAAUGAUCGUUUCAGGAGAGACUUAUAUCUGAUGGUCGCUUAAUGCAUGUAGCAAAUGGCCCAAUUUAUUUCACAUAAAUAUAACUAAAAUCUUUGGGGCCUAAACUAAAGAUUUCUUGUGGUAUGCCUCUUAUAGUACAAAUUGAGAAAUCAUGAAGGACCGUGUUUUGCAUGCAUUCCUUUUUUCUUUUUAAACAACAUAUUUUUGUGUUAUUUAGUCGUGUUGGCUCGUCACUUGUAAUUUUCAUCUCUCAAUUUUACAGCGAGGCACUGCUGCAAUUUCACUCCACACUCAGCAACUAUUUAAAGUUAGCAGCGGUAAUUUUCUUUCCUCCAAUAAUAACUAGCUGAUCAUUCAAGGUAAGCCGAUAGAACUUUAUGAUUAAAAUUGUAGACAAUGAAGAUCAAGUUAAGCAAAAUUCCAGAGUGAUGUGUUCCGAGGAGAUUUGUCAAGCUGAAUUUAUUUAAUUUUGCCCCAUUUUUCGAGUAGUUAACAAGAGGACGCUGAAUUGGUUUGAAAUAAUUUAAACUCUUUGUCUUUGAAUAUCAUUAUUUUUCACCAUUUGAUAAUUCGUACAAAAUUUGAUUCUUUAUAAAAGUUCUGUGGCAAUUGUUCAGUAUCACUCAUAGUUAAGAUCGAUCAGACCUUCGCCGCCUACUAGUAUGACAUACAUCCAUAGUCCAUCAAAUAGAAAGAUCAUCAUCAACAGUUGUCCUGGAAUAUUGUUACUUUUUUCGCUUUCUGUAGACUGUUAUGUUUCAUUCAUAUUUAGAUUAUUUGGCUUGCGGUAAAUUACAGUGGAAGUCAAUGGCUUCCAACUCUAGUUUAGCUUCUCACAAUAUCACGAGCCCCAAGCACCAGAGGUCACCUCCAACCUCUUCUUGUAUCCCGUGGUGUGCUGUGCUCAGCAUUGAAUGUCUGGCUAUAGUCAUCCUCAACAUCACCACCAUUACUGUAUUUGUGAAGCAGCGCCAGCUACAGAGGAAGAGUACAUACUUGAUUAUCCACCUUGCCAUAGCUGAUUUGUUAGUCGGGGCCAUAUCAGGGCCGAUGCAGGUUCAUGCAUUCAUGGCUCUCUGUUACGAUGAGGUUUGGGAUAUAACGUUUUCAAGAAUAAGUUUAGCAAUACGUCCCUUUUUCCUCUUUGCAUCCCUUGUCAAUCUUGCGUUCAUUUCGUUGGAAAGAGUACACGCAAUAUAUCGUCCUUUUAAACAUCGUUUAAUCAAGAAAUGGUUGUAUAGACUAGUUAUAGCUUUUAUAUAUUUAUCAACAAUAUGCAAAGGUACAAUAGAAAUAGUAACCGAUUGGCCAUUAAACUUAAUUUGAGUUUAUAGUUCUUAUUUCAUUCUUCUGGUUCUCGUGUGCCUAUGUUACAUUUCAAUUUAUAUCAAAGUUCGUUGUAGUCGUCAACAUCAACUUCAUGGUGCAGCCGGCCUGAGGGAAAGAAAACUGACGAGUACGUUGUUUCUUGUCACCUUUGCAUCAUUAUUAACUUUUCUACCACUUACUAUUUGGGAAAGUAUGAUUUUCCUUCAUAACAUUUCAAUCCCAAACUGGUCCACUUAUCUGCAAAUUGGUGGCACUACACGAACAUUAUUCUUGGCCAACUCGCUAAUAAAUCCUAUUCUCUAUGCAGUGCGGAUGCCAGAAUUUAGGGUUGGUAUAUUAAAGCUGGUAUUCUGCAGGACGCCCCAAGACCAUCGAAAUCCGGUUGAAUAUCCACUUCGCAAUCUUUAG